ACAUUAAUUGAGUACUUUAGACUUUACUUUUCCGUACAGAGAGUCACAGAGACGACGGUUGAUUUCACGGAGAGCCGAUCGGGGAGGUUAAGACGACGAAGGAAGCUCGCGUUAUUGAUCGGGUGCUAUGGCGGACCAGAAUGAGACGAAAGGAGAGGAGGGAAAGCACAAGUAUAGCAUAAUCGUUCCUACCUACAACGAGCGCCUCAAUAUCGCUCUCAUCGUCUACCUCAUUUUCAAGCAUCUCCGCAUCUCUCGUUAUGGAUCAUGGUUCUACGUCGCAGAUCCAGAUUUGAUUAUUGUUGUUUGUGCACAUGAGCUAGUACUCGGUGAUAUCAUCUCGGAUGUUGAUUUUGAGAUAAUUGUUGUUGAUGAUGGGAGUCCUGAUGGCACUCAAGAAAUCGUCAAGCAACUUCAGCAUUUGUAUGGUGAAGACCGCAUUCUUCUAAGAGCUAGAGCCAAGAAGCUCGGUUUGGGAACUGCGUAUAUCCAUGGUUUGAAGCAUGCUACAGGUGAUUUCGUUGUGAUCAUGGAUGCUGAUCUUUCACAUCAUCCAAAGUAUUUGCCAAGUUUCAUCAAGAAACAACUAGAGACAAAUGCAAGUAUAGUAACGGGUACACGAUAUGUGAAAGGUGGUGGUGUACACGGGUGGAAUCUUAUGCGUAAACUCACAAGCAGAGGAGCAAAUGUGCUAGCUCAAACCCUUUUGUGGCCUGGUGUAUCUGAUUUAACCGGAUCCUUCCGGCUAUACAAGAAAUCAGUGCUUGAGGACGUGAUAAGUUCAUGUGUGAGUAAAGGUUAUGUUUUUCAGAUGGAGAUGAUUGUUCGUGCUACCAGAAAAGGAUACCAUAUCGAAGAGGUGCCGAUCACUUUUGUGGAUAGAGUCUUUGGAACUUCGAAGCUGGGAGGAUCUGAAAUAGUGGAAUAUCUAAAAGGGCUUGUCUAUCUUCUCCUGACGACUUAAAGAGACACCAAGCAGCUCAACACACACAUGAAUCUUUCUUUAUACUCGUCACUUAACACCUGAACUCUGAUCCAUGUCUUUAGUUUUGCUUCUUUCAAAGACUCGAAACGUUCGUUUCGAAUGCUCUAUUCUCUCUACCAUAGGUGAUGGGCUUAUCUUAUGGUAAUGGGCUUUACUG